UUAGUUGUAGUAUUAUCUUAUUGUUAGCAUUCUUUGUUAGUCCUCCUCGUAUUUUAUAGAAAUAUAUAUUUAAAUAAAUAAAUAAAGAAAAAGGAAUAAAGAGGAGAUUGAGCGGAGCGUUGCGGUGGGUGACCUACGGGGGGAUGUCUCAACCGCAACCUUCCGCCGCCGAUGCCUCGGCCAAGAUGCAGCAGUCGAGGCCGAUUGUUCUGGCCGACCUCAACGUUGACCCGCCGGAAAUGGACGCAUGCGUUUUCUCUUCUUCCUCCUCCUCGCCGAUUCCAGUUUCCAGGACAAAUGUUGAUGAGACUAUUCUAGAAAAAGUGGGUUCUGUGGGAAAAGAUGCUGAGACAUUGGAUGUUGAGGCUUCGCAGCCCAAGAAAGUUGCGAAGAUCCGAUCAAAAUCAUGUAAGUUGGAGUAUCCCCCUGACUGCAAUGGAGCUGAUGUAGAUGACCAAACUAAUCAAGGGGGCAGUUCUCGUGAGGACAAAGUCAGCAGUCUCAAAACUGGUUUGAUACAUGUAGCUCGAAAGAUGCCAAAAAAUAUGCAUGCCCAUUUCAUACUUGGCUUGAUGUACCAGAGAAUGGGUCAACCUCAGAAGGCAAUUUUGGCAUAUGAAAAAGCCGCAGAGAUAUUGCUACGCUCCGAAGAAGAAAUUGACCGACCAGAUUUGCUCUCUGUGGUGCAGCUUCACCAUGCACAGUGUAUACUGUUAGAAAGCUUGGAGAAUUGUAACUCAGAUAAAGAACUGGAACCCCAGGAGCUUGAUGAAGUUUGUUCCAAGCUUAGGGAGUCCAUUGAGUUAGAUGUUAGACAGGCUUCUGUUUGGAACACACUAGGUUCAAUACUUAUUCGAACUGGCCGCUUGCAGAGUGCUAUAUCAUUAUAUUCUUCUUUGCUGGAAAUUGUCCCUGACAACUUGGAUGGCCUUGGAAACCUUGGAGUUGCUUAUUUCCAAAGUGGAUGUUUGGAACUUUCAGAGAAGUGUUUCCAAACUUUGUUACUGAAAGAUCAGAAUCAUCCUGCAGCUUUAAUCAACUAUGCUGCCCUACUUUUGUGUAAAUGUGGUUCUGUUAUUGCAGGUGCUGGAGCUAAUGCUGAUAGUGGGACUUAUUCCAAUCAAGUUGUGGCUGCUAAUGUUGCUAGAGAGUGUUUAUCAGCAGCUGCCAAAGCCUAUCCUCGAGCAGCCCAUAUCUGGACAAAUUUGGCCAAUGCAUAUUACUUGAUUGGUGAUCAUAAAACUUCCAAUAAGUGCUUGGAAAAGGCUGGGAAACUGGAUCCAAAUUGUUUGGCCACACGAUAUGCAGUUGGAGUUCACCGAAUUAGAGAUGCUGAAAGGUCCCAGAAUCCUGAUGAGCAGCUUAUUUGGGCAGGAAAUGAGAUGGCUUCUGUAAUAAGAGAAGGAGAUUCCAUCCUCUCAGAGCCACUAAUAGCAUGGUCAGGUCUUGCAACGGCCCACAAGGCUCAACAUGAGAUUGCAGCAGUAUUUGAGAUUGAUCCAAAGGAAUUACAUGAAGUUAAAGAGCGUGCUAUGUGUAGUCUAAAGCAGGCAGUAGGAGAAGAUCCUGAUGAUGCUGUGCAGUGGCAUCAAUUCGGCCUUCAUUGUCUUUGUACACAGCAGCUCAAACUGUCUCAGACAUAUCUCAAGGCAGCAGUGUCUCGUCAGAAGGACUGUGUCUACGGGUGGUCCAAUCUUGGUAUCUCACUUCAACUUCUGGAGGAAUCUUCUCAAGCAGAAGAAGUAUAUAAGCAUGCGCUGUCUUUAGCUACAGCACAACAGGCACAUUCUAUUUUCUCAAACCUAGGGAAUUUCUAUCGGCAGUUGAGGAAAUAUGAAAAUGCAAAGGCAAUGUUUAGUAAAGCUCUUGAACUGCAGCCUGGUUAUGCUCCAGCAUAUAAUAAUCUUGGUCUCGUGUUUGUAGCCGAGGGUCGUUUUGAAGAAGCUAAGUUCUGCUUUAACAAGGCGAUUGAAUCGGAUCCAUUCUUGGAUGCAGCUAAAUCUAACAUAAUAAAAGUUGCUAGCAGGUGCAAAACUGAUACAAGUUUGCAUUCAGGUUUCAUGUUUGAUUCAAUGAAGUGAAAAUUCAAGGUCUAAAGUAAGGUUAAUGGGGAUGGACAUGCACUGAUCAUCAACGACAAAGCAGGAAGAGAAUUAAUGAGUUAAGGGUCAAAGUGGGUCGCUGUGUUGUGUCUUCUUCAGCAUCCAUAAGUUCCUUAUGUGAAUAGUGGUAGCACGAUUCCAUUUCCCUUUGGCGGCGUGGUGUAUUCUGAUGAACAGCCAGGUCCCAGCUGCUCCUCCCAUCCCAGCAGCAUCUCUGCCUGCCAUGUUUUUGUGAAGAAUGUUGAUUGAGAGGAUGAAAUGUACUUGUUGUAUUUUGGGGUUGAAAGUUGGUUAACACAAAUUGGCAAUUGUUGGGCAAGGAAGGAAGCAGCAAUGUUGUUGGAAGACUAGACUGGCCACCAGCAGCAGUGCAGUUGACAUAAUAGGAUUCUAGAGUCAACCCGUUGGGACUAGACUAAUAAAUGUUGUAAUUUGUGAAAAAGAUGGGAAAAGAUGGAUGGAUGGAUGAUGAUGACUCUUGGUUUGUUCUUGGAAGUAGUCUCUUUCGAUGUGCUGCUA